AUGGUUAUAAAAGAAGAAAGGAAGAAGAAGAAAAGAGGGAUAGGACACAAGGACUGGUGGGAUAGAAGCUGCACGAGGAAAAAGAAGAUGGUAAGAAGACUUUAUAGAAGCUGGAAGAGAGGAAGAAUAAGUAGGAAUUAUUAUAUUGAAGAAAGGAGAAAGUUAAAGAUCCACCUGGACGAGAAAAAGAAGAGUUGGACAAGGAAGGAAGAAGAGGAACUAAAAAGUUUAAAGAAUAACACGGAGGUAUGGAAGUUUAUAAAUAAAAAGAGAGGGAAAAGGAUACGUAUAGAAAACAACAUAAGCAAGCAGGAGUGGGAAAAUCACUUCCUGGAAUUAUUGGAAGGAGUGAGAUUGGAGGAAGGAAUGGUGACAGAAGAAAAGGAGGAGAAUAUAAGGAAAGGGACGGAAGGAGAGGAAGAGGAAGGAGAAGAAAUUGAAGAAGAGGAAAUUGUACAAGCAAUUAAACGAAUGAAAAAGAGGAAGGCUGCAGAGGUUGACGGUAUACCCAUGGAGGCUUGGAUAUAUGGAGGAAUCACGAUAAGGAAAGGCCUAGUAGAUAUAAUAAAACAGGCGUGGAGAGAAGGAGUGAUUCCUAAAGACUGGGAAACUAGUGUAACAAUCCCGAUCUUCAAAAAAGGUGACCAGGAGAGGGCCGAAAACUACAGGGGCAUAUCCCUGUUGUGUACGGCUUACAAGGUGUAUGCGGAGGUGCUAAGAAGAAGGUUGGAGAAGGAAGUGGAAAGAGGGGAGAUAUUACCGGAGAGCCAGACGGCAUUUGAUAAGGUGGACAGAGAAAAAUUAUGGGAAGUGAUGGAAGACAAAGGAAUAAAUAAGAACUUGAUUGGAAGAAUAAGAAGAAUUUAUAAAGUAACAAGAAAUGUGGUAAGGACCGAAGAGGAUUACGGAGGAAUUUCUAACGAGGAAAGGAAUGACAUGGUGAUAUUAGCAAAGAAUAGGGUAGCAGCGGUAGAUAUGAUGAAGACACUAGAGAGAUUUUUGAGGGAGCGUAGAUUAGCUUUGAAUACUGAAAAAACAAAGAUAAUGGUGUUUAGUAAAGGGGGGAAAGAGAAAAAAGUAAAAUGGAACUGGUUAGGGAAAGAAUUAGAAGAGGUGCAGGUUUUCAGUUAUCUUGGCUUUACGUUUAAUAGAAAAGGAGACUAUAAGGAUCACUUAAAGGUUCUAGAGGCGAAAGGGAGAAGGGCAGCAAAUAGAGUAUGGGGGUAUCUGAUAACGAGAGAACUAGAAUUGGAUAAAUUAAAAAUUAAAUGGGGGAUCAAUGCGAGGAGAUAUGAGGAAAAAAUAAAAGAGAUGGGGGAUAAUAGAUGGGUAAAAGUUUGUUGGAAAGAAAAACAAGAGGAAGGAUGGACUGAUUUGUAUGGUAGGGAGAGGGAGGCUUAUUAUAAUAGAAAUGGAUGGG